CUGAUGAUAGCUGCCAACAAGGGGCACGUGGCAGUAGUGCGAGUAUUGUUACAGCACGGAGCAGGCCUCACAAGACCCGACAUCCUUAAUGCAACCCCAAUUACCAUCGCCGCCCUGCGAGGCCAUACCGCCGUCGUGGAGGCACUGAUAGAGCACUUGGAGCAACACCACACGACCGUUAUGCCAGAUACGCAGAACCAGGCAAUCGUCUACGCCGCGCUCAGCGGCCACACGACGCUCGUUCGGUUCCUGCUCGACCGGGGCGUUCCCGUUGACACCUCGGGACGCGUCAACUCGCACACACCGCUUUUCUACGCCGUGCGGCGGAGCGACGAGGCGUUAAUACGCUUGCUUCUGGAACGGGGCGCCAAUCCGCUGUAUAUCCCCAGCGAUGGCAACAAGUCGCCGCUGGCGUUUGCGGCUGGAUAUUGCGGUAAUGAGAUUGUUAGCAUGCUGCUGGAUAGAUGUGUUGAUUUGGAUACGGAGGGGGUUAAAGCCAUGCAUGCGGCUGUUAUUAGGAAUAAUGCGUGGCUGGUGGACAGGCUUAUCGCGCGGGGUGUGGACCCUGCGUCUAAAGAUGAGCAUUUACAUCGGCCGUUGGUCUCGUGGGCGGCGGAUUUGGGGUGUUUGAAUAUUGUUAGGCUGCUUUUGGAGAAAGGGGCUGAUGCGAGGGCUUGUGAUCCUGAUGGUCUGAUGCCUGUGGAUUAUGCGUCUAAGCGUGGGUAUACGGCUCUGGUUCAGUUGUUGGAGAAUCAUGUAUCGAUGAAGCCGUGAUGUUAAGGGCUUUUUUUCCACGCGCGGUUGGAUGUUAUGCGUCAUGGGGU